AAUGAAAAGAAAACGACCAUACAACAAUCAUGCUCAGCAACAGCGCGAUGUUCAACAUAUUCCUCACAACAAUCCAAAUGGGCAACAAGACCGCUACAAUACACCUGGACCAAGCAUUGGCUCCUCAUCCGGAUUUAUACCUCUCAGCAAUGGACAUCGUGCACCACAAUCGCAUCCUCCAAGUCAUGACUCAAGGAUGAAAACUCCACGCAGAACUAACCAACCACCCUCGCGAUCGCCCUACAACAACAAUAAAUCUAACCACCAUCACAAGUCAAAAAAACAGGUUGAUAAGCCAGCUGCUGUUAUAAACUCCUCAGCACCUCUUAAAAAUUCGAAAGGAGCUCCUCCUGUUCAAGUUACCAAUACUACGCGGAAAAGCAUUAUUGAUAAGAAGGAUGAUAUUGAUAAGAUAGACAUAAUUGAUAAGAAAAGAAGUGUUGAAAAGACUGACAGUAAUGAGGACAAGGAUAUCAUUGUCUUAGAUGAACUGUCCUCUACCUCUCCGGAUCAUGAUAAAUCAUGGUCAAAAAGAAGGAAAGUUAUAUCCAUUGCGAGUGAUGAUGAAGAAAAAACUGAUGGUGUUGAGGAUCAGGCUUCUAGUUCAAAUCAGCAUUCUUCCGGGCCCAGUAAAGAUAGUGAAAAUGUUCUUCCACAUAAAUAUAUCAAUCAUUUGACAUCUGCCCUGCGAAAGUAUCAUACGAACCAAAUGCAAGAUAAAGCAUUUUUGGACAGGAAACUCUUUCUUCGAGAUGGAAUUCAACGAAUUGUUGGCCAAAAUUUUGGAGAGGGAGUACUUCACUUGACUGGUUCGUCCAUGUCUGGUUUUGGAACAAUGAAAUCUGAUGCAGACUUUGCAUUGGUAUUUGACCCACAACUCAACACAAUAUCCAAGAAAAAGUCUCGUAAUGUCAUUACACGUCUUGCAUCAUGUCUAAGACGGCAAGCAUUUUGCGCAAACGUUGAGAUGAUAUUUGCAAAGGUUCCUAUCAUCAAGUUUUUCGACAAAAUCAGUAGCUGUGAUGUAGACAUUAAUAUCAACAACAUAGUUGGUAUCAAGAAUUCUUUUCUACUGCGGUCUAUUUCAUUAGCUGAUGACCGUAUUCCACCACUUGUGAUAGCCCUAAAAGCCUGGGCCAAGUCACAUGACAUCAACUCUGCCUUCAUGGGCUCUCUCUCCUCCUACCUCUUAGUCACAAUGAUGAUCUACUUUCUACAGAAUGGUGUCUCCCCUCCCAUGUUACCGCCACUGAAACAAUAUGUAGACAGUCUACAGUCUGUUAAUGUCAACACUCAACUUCAGCAGUUUGUGCCAAAAACUUUCCUAAAGUUCGAAGUGCGUAACAAGGAAGAAAUUGGCGAGAUCUUUGUGAAGUUUUUCAGGUUUUGGGUGAAAAAGUUUAGACAGAACAAGGUGUUUUCAGUGUACACAGCACAGGAAAAGAUAAGAACGUACAAUACUCCUUACUUGGAUACCAGUGCUUAUGUGCUCGUAUUAGAAGAACCGUUCCAGAAGGACAACAUUGCUAGAGCAGUUCGACCUCAGCAGUUGGGCGAAGUCAAGGAUAAGUUUCAACAGGCAUGCGACCAGUUUAAAGAUAUUGCUAGGUUUGAUGAGUUGUUUGGUGAACUGACUUAGUCGUUGGAAUAUUCACAUUGUUACCUUCAAGAGGUAAUCAAUUCUACAGAAAUAAAGAAAGCAUGAAGUAGCUCCGGAGUGUCGACUUCUACUGAGAUUUAAAAGAUACAAGGUUCAGACCAAGAAUCUAAAGAAUUUUUUUAUGACGACAGGUUAUUUACAGCUACUAAAUUUCAGCCAGUCGAAAUAAAGCAGGGCCCUUUAUUGUCUGGUUCGGGGAUUUUUAACGUUCUGUUUUUUAAUUCUAUGACAGAAAUCAUGAGAACGGGUUUAUAAACACUACUGUGCUUAUUUAUUAUGUUUAUAGAUGAAACGAGAUAUAUUAACUUAUAUAUUUUCAUCGAUCUUUAUUAUGGCCUAUUUUUAUUUAUUUUAGGUACCGUAUAGUUUAAUUCAGUGAUAUUUUUCAUUGUAUCGUGAUCUAUGGGCUACAGUUAAUUUAUUGUAAUGAUUUCAACCGUUCCACGUUAUCGAUUAACGAGGCCAGGGCUGCAACAAACCAUUUUGACCAACAAAUGUUUUUGCCCUGUUAACGUUUCCUUUCUCUUCAAAUAUUUGGAAUUUUAUACAUGUUAUGACCCAGAAAGUAUAAACUUUUCAUCUAAUAUUGAACUUUCAUUCCAAUAAACUGUACUUUGCUCUCGUCAAAUUGAACACUAAAUCCGAUAUUAAUGUUUCACAAUUCCCAGUUUUACAAUCACCUCAAAACUCACCACACGCUCCU